GGAAAUUAGCAGAAUUUAAGUUUUGGUUGAGUUUGUCCGACACUUUUUGAUAAUUUGUGCUAAACUUUAGCUUGAAAUAUGCAGGAGAUCAUAGCAAACGUCGAUAACAUCGUUUUCGAUAUAGAAUAUGCCCUUGAGCAGCAGCUGGGUGCACAACCUUUGCCAUUUCCUGGCAUGGAUAAAUCAGGUUCAGCAAUAUGUUCCUUCUUUCUUCGUGGAUUAUGUGCUCGAGGAGGAGCUUGUCCUUUCCGACAUGUGAAAGGCGAUCGUUCGGUAGUCUGCAAACAUUGGCUGCGAGGACUCUGUAAAAAAGGCGAUGACUGUGAAUUUUUACAUGAAUAUGACAUGUCAAAAAUGCCAGAAUGUUACUUUUAUUCAAAAUUUGGACUAUGCAGUAACAAAGAUUGCCCAUUUCUUCACAUUGAUCCUGAGUCAAAGAUAAAAAACUGCCCAUGGUAUGAUCGAGGGUUCUGUAGACAUGGUCCACUGUGUAAGAACAGACAUUCAAGACGAGUGAUCUGCCCAAAUUAUCUUUCUGGUUUCUGCUUGGAGGGAAAAGAAUGUAAAUUUGUACAUCCAAGUUUUGAUUUACCUGGUCCUGACCCUGUCUCCCAGGCCAAGAAAAUGAAUAUAAUCUGCCAUAACUGUGGUGAAAGUGGACAUAAAGCAACAUUCUGUCAAAAGGCUCCAACCACAUCGCACCCGAUCCAAGUAAUGGGAGCAGGUCAGCCUCACAACCAUCCACAGGCCAAUAAUGAACAGUCUCCAACACCAGCUAAACCUUUCUACCAACCAAGAGGAAUGGCACCAACAUUCCGGCAACAGUCCCCCGGCUUCAUUUCAGGUCCUCGGAGACCGUUAGAUCAAGUCACGUGUUAUAAGUGUAACGAGAAAGGACAUUAUGCCAACAAGUGCCCAAGAGGACAUUUAGCAUUUCUACAUUCUCAGACUCCAACGUCUUAAAAACAUUUACAUUCGGUGAUAUAACAUUGUUCUAGCAUUUGCACUGGGAAAGAUAAAGAAAAGUAAUGAAAUUUACCACAAAAUGACCUCUGUGGCUAACGGGAAUAGUGAAAUUCAAAAUGAGUGAGUGAUGAAAGACGUGGGAUGACUGGUACCGGUUGACAACUAGCAAAGAACGAGUUCGAUCUCAGUGGCCCCAGCACUGGAGCCUACCGGAAGCAUUUGAUCCAGGACGGAAUAGUACGUUUGCUACAGCCUGGAGGGGCCCUCGUCUCUAUUCAUGGUGCUGUUAGCUUUACGUUUCCAUGGUAUCUGCACGGAUUCCUAUAUCUGUCAAAGAAAUUCUUCAUGUUCCAGGAUUCUGGUGUUUUUCCAGUCCGGGACGUGGUUGUGAUCAACCAUGUGGACAGUUCAGUUCGAGCCUACUUGUGUAAAUCACCUGCCAUGGCAGAGUUGGCCACUGGAGUGUUCGCACCUGUGUUAAAGUUAGCGUUAACUUCUUUUUUACUGGGUUCUCAGGAUGGGGGCAAAACUGGCACUUCCUCGUGUCGCCAAGUAAGACCAGGUUACACUACUGUUUUAGGAUGUCUGUCAGAGAAAUAGACGAAAGGGUCCAAAGUCUAUCACACCAGAAACUUUACCCCUAAUUAAACAAGAGAGACUUGAGGAAGUUGUUUGAACAUAGGAGUAAUGAGCAUAUUAUUUUGGAAUGCAUAUUGCAUAAUAAAUUAAUAGUUAGUGACCACUUGGGCUCUUCAGUAAAAAAGCUGUAACUAGCGGUGAGAAGGACAGUAAAGAUAUCAGUUCAAUUUGACAAUAAAUCCAGCAUGGCCCAGAGUGUGCAAUUACAUUUUCAUCAACAAUUUCCCAAUAAAUAUUG